AUGAAACGCAACUACGAGGAUCCAUCCCUCGAGCUUAUUGGCCGUUCUGCAGCUGAAAGGCGGCUUGACCGGUUUUAUAAUCACCAGAGGUCGACAUUGCGCAAGACAGGCCAUGAUACUGGUGCUGCGAUAGACAAGAAGGCUCGUGAUUUGAAGACCUUACCUUUCCAGCAGAGUGAUGCAUCGGCCCCUUCUACUCCAAAACCACGAGAACAGGACCCGGCUACACGCAAGAGUGUAAAGGACAUCCUUUUGGACAUAUCGCAGCGUCAUUUACCACAACGCCUUAAAUUUGCAAAAAGUUUAAAGUUGCUGACUAAGUUAUGUAAAAGUUACUUGGAUGACCGCACUAACCAAGAAUACGAAACGGUCUCCUUAGAUGAUUUUUUCAACAUUUUUUACCGUCUAGAUCGCAUAUUCAUUAUAGAAUUCGGCGGUAACGUGCCUAAGGAUUGCCUUGAUGUAAAGGAUGCUGCUCUAGAAUUUGUAAGCUCUGUAGUGGACAGAUUGCUUGCAGAUAAGACUAUAUCAUCGCACCAGCAACAGAUUCUGGAAUUGGUCAAGCUCGAUAUAGGUUACGCAGCUUCUCUGUGGUAUGAAAACGACUCAUUUCGCUUUCAUGGUAUAGUAUCUGAGCUGGAAUCUCAUUUCAAACGUUUCGAGUCUAUCGCAUCGGAAUGUACGUUUCUCCCCGAAACGGACUCUCCAUCAGACGGAACCGCACAAAACGUCGAUAGUGAAUGUUCGGACGACACCCAUAGUAGAGAUGUAGAGCACGAUCGCGUUCCUGAGCAAAAGCAGCAAUCAAACUUACCCAGUGACCGCGACGUGUUACUACAUCAGAAAUCCGCAUUCGUACGUAUACUUGCUGUGGUUUUUGGUUUCUUAACGUUUCCUUGGGCCAAAGUGGCUAUAGAGUCACUGUUUCAGAAAGUAUACCUUCGUCGUGAAAUGUUUUGCGAGACGGACCAGCAACGUAUCAGUGAAUGGCAGAAGCGUAUCAAGGCUUCUAAAGGGAAGACCUUCAAAGGCGGUUCUGUGGCACUUGGCAUUGGCGAAUCUAGCUUUGAAGUUCAGGAUGCCCGUGAAGAGAAGAUCGUAUGUACGCAUGGGUCUCAGGUUUGGAGCAACCGCCAAUUUGGUAUAUAG